AGGAGAAGCCGUCAUGUCUUGACUACAGAAGGGCCCUCUGGAGCCCUUUGCCUCCACCCUGGACCACCUUACCCCUCCCCCAUUUAUCACCUUAGCGCUUCUCCUGCCCUGCGCUACCCCCUGAACUCCCUGCAAAUGUGAGAAACAGGCUUCCCUACCCUGGCUGCUGACUGGCCAACACUGAGAGAUGAGCCUACCUAAGCACCAUCAGUUUGCCAAUAGUAGCGGCAGGGUAAUGGGCUCUGACAGGGAUCUGCAAUCCACUGCCUCCUCCAUUUCCCUGUCCUCUGUGAAGAAGGCGCCUAAGAAAAGGCGCUUAUCCCUGGCUUCGCUAUUUCGAUGGAGAGGACGGGAGGCCAAAUCAGUGCGGAGAAAGUCUCGAGAGCUCCAAAGCCUCGGUCCAGGUGGGCUUUCAGGCGUGGAUGGCAUCGCUAGCAUUGAGAGCAUUCAUUCCGAGAUGUGCUACGAUAAGAACUCUGCCUUCUUCACUGUGGUUGGGAACGGCGCUCCCUCGACUGCUUUUUUUGCUGCCUCCACCUCAUCUCCCUCGGGACCUUGUGUAUCUGCCUCCACCCCCUCUUCUUCAAAGCUGGGGAGUGGAGUGGGGUUGGAGCUUUUGGAGUGCCCCCUGUGCCUUCUGCACCACUCUAAGGAGAGUUUCCCUGACAUCAUGACCUGUCAGCACCGGUCUUGCAUCGACUGCUUACGUCAGUACCUGCGCAUUGAAAUAUCAGAGUCACGCGUCAACAUCAGUUGCCCCGAGUGCUCGGAGCGUUUCAACCCACAUGACAUCUGCAUGAUUCUUGGUGACCGGGGUCUGAUGGAGAAAUAUGAAGAGUUCAUGCUUAGAAGGUGGUUGGUGGCUGACCCUGACUGCCGUUGGUGUCCGGCGCCUGAUUGCGGGUAUGCAGUUAUUGCCUUUGGUUGUGCUAGCUGCCCUAAAAUCACAUGUGGGAGGGAGAGUUGUGGUGCGGAGUUUUGUUAUCUUUGUAAGCAGCUGUGGCACCCCAACCAAACCUGUGAUGCAGCACGACAACAGAGAGCCCAAAGCCUUCGCCUGAGAACAAUACGCUCGUCGUCUCUCAGCUCCAGCCAAGAGAGUGGAGCCACAGCUGAUGAUAUUAAGCCAUGCCCACGCUGUGCUGCUUACAUCAUCAAAAUGAAUGAUGGGAGCUGUAACCACAUGACCUGCGCUGUCUGCGGUUGUGAGUUCUGCUGGCUUUGUAUGAAAGAGAUCUCAGACUUGCAUUACUUGAGCCCAUCAGGCUGUACUUUUUGGGGGAAGAAGCCAUGGAGCAGAAAGAAGAAGAUUCUCUGGCAAUUGGGAACACUUGUUGGUGCCCCUGUUGGCAUUGCACUGAUUGCUGGCAUAGCUAUCCCUGCCAUGGUUAUUGGCAUCCCUGUCUAUGUGGGAAGAAAAAUUCACAAUCGCUACGAAGGUAAAGAUAUAGGCAAGCACAAGCGGAAUCUCGUGAUUGCAGGUGGCGUAACACUUUCUGUCAUUGUGUCUCCAGUGGUUGCAGCAGUCACUGUUGGCAUUGGAGUUCCCAUUAUGCUCGCGUAUGUUUACGGUGUGGUGCCCAUAUCGUUGUGCCGGAGUGGGGGCUGUGGUGUAUCCACAGGCAAGGGAAAAGGUGUUCGAAUUGAAUUCGAUGAUGAGAAUGACAUGAAUGUCGCCACUGGAACAGCAGCCACUGAUUCAACAUCUGUAGCAGACACGAGAAACAAUCCAAGUAUCAGUGAAGGCAGUGUCGGGGGUCUGACGGGGAGUUUAAGUGCCAGCGGCAGCCAAAUGGACAGACUUGGGGCAAUCAGGGACAACCUCAGUGAGACAGCAUCCACCAUGGCCCUUGCUGGAGCCAGCAUCACCGGCAGCCUUUCUGGCAGCGCCAUGGUCCACUACUUAAGCAGGUUGGAAGUGCAAGCUGAUGUGCAAAAGGAUCUCUGCAGUCUUAGUGGUGAAUCUGGUACUGUCAGCCUCGGAACAAUCAGCGACAACGCAAGCACUAAAGCCAUGGCUGGAUCCAUUCUGAAUGCUCAGAUCCCCCUUGACAGGGAUGGCAAUAGUAUGGAAGUUCAGGUGGACAUUGAAUCCAAACCCGCCAAACUACGGACUCACAGCAGAAGCAGCAGCGUGGAUGAUGGCAGUCACGUGGGUUGGACGUGCCCCUCGAAUGAUUGCGUGGCCUCGCAGGGUCGAACAACAUCCGCCAAGUGUCCGUCCUCCACCAACUCUGGAGGCAAAAAGAGCAAAGGCAAACUGCACAAGAAGGCAGACAGAGGCACGAAAAUCAACGACACGAGGGAUGACAUGGACGCUCAGCUUUUGGAGCAGCGUAGCGACAACUCUUUGGACUUUGACUCCCCUCUUAGCGGCAGCCUGCCAUCCGUUUCGGACUCCCACUCCAGCCACGUCUCAGAGUUCAGCGGCUCAGAUCUGGAGGGCGUGAAAACGUCGUACGGCUCCAGCGGAGGCGACUAUCACUCACGCUUCGCCGCCGUCAGUCCCUUGCCCGAAGUGGAGAAUGACCGGCUGGAGACCUGCCCCGCCUCACGGACCCCGUCCCGGGUUCCCCGCUCACCUACCUCCUCCCCAGCUCACGCCGCAGAGCUCUCCCCUCUCCGCUAUGUCACAGAGGAGAAUAUCAACCUGGUCUGCCCCACUGAGCGGGACUGUCAGAGAUGCACAGUGCACCUAAUAAAAGAGACUAACAACAAUCACCAGUCACCACAACAUACCACUCAAACCCAGCACAAGAACCCUUGUAUACAGACUGACAUAUAA